AUGGUUUCCCUUUUCAAGAACCCUUCGAUCUUGUUCCUUCUCUGUCUUGUGCUGCACUCUUUGGGUUCUGCGAGUAAUUGUGUUUCAGGAUCGCAAUCUUUUAUUGGGGUUAACUACGGCACAUACGCCGACAACUUGCCGGCGCCAGCGCAGACGGCCAAGCUGCUGCAGUCGACCAGCAUUGGGAAGGUGAGGCUCUACGCCGCCGACCCGGCGAUCUUAAAGGCGUUGGCCGGCACCGGCAUCGGGGUUGUACUCGGCACCGGCAACGGUGACAUCCCCAAGCUUGCGUCCGACCCCAAAUUCGCCACCCAGUGGGUUGAAUCCAACGUUCUGGCUUAUUAUCCGGCCACCAAGAUCGUCGUCGUCACUAUCGGUAAUGAAGUUAUGACCUUCGGGGAUGCCGGUCUCAUUUCGCAGCUCUUGCCUGCCAUGCAGAACGUCCAAGACGCCCUCAAUGCAGCAUCGGUUGGACGGAAGAUCAAGGUGUCAACAGUGCACGCAAUGGCAGUGAUGGGUGCGUCUGAGCCACCCUCGGCGGGUGCAUUCAACUCUGAUGUCGCGGAUACCAUGAAAGCCUUACUGCAAUUCCACAAGAAAAACGGUUCGCCCUUCAUGAUCAACCCAUACCCUUUCUUUGCAUAUCAGGGUGAUCCCAACAGGCCUGGAAAUUUGGAGUUCUGUGUCUUUCAACCCAAUUCUGGACGAUAUGAUAACGGCACUGGCAUAACAUAUAUGAACAUGUUUGAUGCUCAGGUGGAUGCGGUUUAUUCUGCAUUGAAGGGGAUGGGUUUUAAGGAUGUAGAGAUUGUGGUUGCGGAGACUGGUUGGGCUCAUGAUGGGGGUGAUAAAGAAGCAGGCGCUAGCGUGGAGAAUGCGAAAGCGUAUAAUGGUAACUUGAUAAAACAUCUCCGAUCGAUGGUGGGUACGCCAUUGAUGCCUGGGAAAUCUGUUGAUACAUACAUCUUUGCUCUGUAUGAUGAGAAUAUGAAGCCCGGGGCAGGGUCAGAAAGGUCGUUUGGGCUCUUCAAGCCUGAUCUUUCCCCGAGCUAUGAUGUUGGCCUUACAAAGAGUGGUCAGACUCCGGUGGCACCCAAGGCUCCUGGGGCUGCUCCGGUGCCACGCAGGGCGCCUGGCGCCACUCCGGCGACACGCAAGUCUCCUUCGGCUGCUCCGGUGGCACACACCACUGCUCCCAAAGCUGCUCCGGGGACACGCAGGGCUCCCGGUGCUCCUCCGGUGACACGCGGGACUACUGCAGCAGCUCCGGGGGCACCCGGGGCUCUUGCCGGUAAUCCGGUGACAUCGAUGACACCCACAUCUGCGGGGAAUCCGGCCACUCCAGCCGGUCAAUCAGGAAGCGUUGGAAGUGGGACUGCAAAAUCUUGUAGGCCACCGCACUCGCUCCCACUUGUGAUAAUGGCUGCAUUCAUCCUGGUGAAGGCACAUAAGGAGGAAGGCAAAUUGCUAUAG